AUGGCUAGGACUAAGCAAACGGCGCGAAAAUCCACCGGGGGAAAAGCUCCUCGAAAGCAGCUGGCGACGAAAGCUGCUCGUAAGAGCGCUCCGGCGACCGGUGGUGUGAAGAAGCCGCACCGCUACCGACCCGGCACUGUUGCUCUGCGGGAGAUCCGCCGCUAUCAGAAAUCCACCGAGUUGCUCAUCCGCAAGUUGCCCUUUCAACGCUUGGUGCGAGAAAUCGCCCAAGAUUUCAAGACGGAUCUGCGUUUCCAGAGCUCGGCCGUCAUGGCGCUGCAGGAGGCGAGCGAGGCUUAUCUGGUGGGCCUGUUCGAAGACACGAACUUGUGUGCGAUCCACGCCAAGCGGGUCACCAUAAUGCCCAAAGAUAUCCACCUGGCUCGCCGUAUUCGUGGGGAGCGUGCAUGA